AUGCUUGAAACCCAGAUUUCACAAGUAGCUCAAACUACCUCUGCACAAGUUGUACCUGGAGGACAAUUCCCUGGACAAACCCAACCUAACCCCAAAGGGACAGCAAAUUCCAUCACCCUAAGAAGUGGAACCGCUUACGAGGGGCCGAAAAAUCCUAACCUAAGCUCAUCAGAAAAACCUAAGGAAGAUGCUGAACCAAAAGGCCAGGUAGAGGAACCAGAAAAAUCCGAAAAGCAAUCAGAACCAUGGGUAGAGAAUCGCACGCCACAACCUUACAAGCCACCCAUUCUAUUUCCACAAAGAUUGAAAAACACCAAAACAGAAAACAAAUUCCAAAAGUUCAUUAAGGUAAUAGAGAAACUCCACGUAGAAGUCCCUUUUACCGAAGCAAUAACCCAAAUACCAUCAUAUGCUAAGUUCUGGAAGGAUAUUUUGUCUAACAAACGACGAAUCGACGAUCCCAAACCUUUAAAAUGUCAUUCCAUAUCCGAGAAUAAACUUGCCAAGAAAGAUAAAGAUCCUGGAAGUUUUUCUAUCCCUUGUUGUUAG